CGAAAGCACUCGUAACGCCAACAGAGCGAAAACCUCCUCCGAACAUGCAGCACAACCUACAUAAUCAAUUCAUCACACAUAUAAAAAUGACACUUCUUUGCGCCCUGCUUUCUCGUCCUCAAAAGCAUUCUCCGUGAUCGCAGUCAUCGUAUUUUGCAGGCAAACUUCCCUUAUCUUGAAACCAUGGCACCCCGAAAACUCCAGAUCGCAGCCGCAGGCUUAGGUCGCAUGGGCCAUCGUCACGCGCUGAACUUCCUCAACCGCGCACCUCGCGCCCAGCUCGUCGCUGCGUUUUCGCCUGAUUCCAAAGAGCACGAGUGGGCGCGUGAACACCUCGAGCCGCAUGGAGUGACUUUGUAUACCGACUAUGACGAGAUGCUCAAGCAGGAAGGCCUUGAUGCUGUCGUGAUUGGCACUGCGACGUCAGUGCAUGCGGAAGAAGCGAUAAAAGCGAUGCAGAAGAACUUGCAUGUGUUGUGCGAGAAGCCUCUCAGCACGAGCGUCGAUGUUUGCAGACAGGUUGUGGAGGAAGCGAAGAAGCGGCCGCACUUGAAGGUCAUGUGUGGCUUCUCGCGACGCUUUGAUGACAGUUACCAAAGUGCAUACGGCAAAAUCGAACAAGGUCAGAUCGGCCGGCCGACUAUACUGCGCUCACAGACAUGCGACAAACAUGACCCGUCUGGAUUCUUUGUGGAGUACGCGGCCUGGUCUGGUGGCGUCUUCGUUGACAUGUCCGUACAUGACAUCGACCUUACCCUGUGGUUUUUCGGCAACCAGAUCGUGCCCAAGUCGAUCAGCGCUCACGGGUGCAUCGCUGUCCAGCCAGGCCUCGCGCAGCACAAAGAUGUCGAUAACGCCGUCGGGAUUGUGGAGUUCUGGGGCGGACAGAUCGCGUACUACUACUGCUCGCGUAUGAUGGCCCAUGGCCAAGAGGACGUUACGGAAGUCAUCGGCACUGAGGGCAAGCUCAGCGUGAACCUCAACCCACAGAUCAACUUGGUACAGACGUACAGUGGGAAGGGUAUCACAAAGGAAGUCCCGGCACACUACUAUGGGCGGUUUGAGAUGGCUUUCGUAAAGGAGGCUAACGACUUUGCUGCGGCCUGUCUCGACGACACGCCGUUGCCCAUGCCAAUCGAGAAUGCAGUAAAAGCGGUGCAGAUUGGUAGCUGGUUGCAGGAAGCGUUAGUGACUAAGAGGCAGAUCCACUUCGACCAGAGCGGGAAACGGCUGGGGAAGGCCAACUUGUAA